UAACAGAUGCUUGUGUUCGCCGAACAAAAGUAAAACCCUUCGUCUGCGAACACCAGAUUCGCUUAGCGGUUAACUUUUAAAUCUACCUAUACCCGUUGGUUUGCAUGUUGACACGGAAAACUCCUUUCUGGACGAAUAUUUGCUGUGAAAGUUUUUAAAAUGACCCUAACGUCGAAGGCUCAGCGCUUCAAAUCCAAGUUCAUCACUGCAGAGCUGGCUCAUCUGUUCAGCCAGUCAGACAGUGAGGAAGAGUUUGAAGGUUUCAGUGAAGAUGAGGAGGAUACACGGCAAAAGACAAAGACGGUGGAUUCAGAAGAAGAUAGCGACGUGGAUACAGGUUUCUACUCUGAUGGAGAGGAUGCUCCUCCACCGAAGAGGAGGAGUCUUUUAGUAGCUUUAAGGUUUCCACCCAAAAGACUGUCCACCCCAAAGCAGGACGUGCAAGAGAAAGACAUCAAAAAGCCAGUUAAAGACACUCCUCCUUCACUGAGAGGAAAGAGGAUAAAGCAGCAGGAGCAGAAAGAUGAGGAAGAGGAGGGAGAUGAAGACAAAGAGGAGGUCCUGUCUCAGAGCUUGAGGAAAAGAGACAAGAAUAUCCAGGAAAACAAGGCCAUGUUGGCGAAGCUGUUUGCUGAUCUGAGCACCAUGGCUGACCUGACUCCACCAACCACCCCUCAAAAGAAAAAGCGGGCGCCAGAGAAAGCAACACCACGGAAGCGUAAAUUUGAGCCAGAGGUGGGGUCAGAGAGGAGAAACCCGUCCCGUAAGGCUCGUCCUCCUGAGAACUUUGCUGUGGAGGAAAAAAUCCAGCCACUCACUGUCAGAGUCCAGAGGACUGUGGACAUCAGGAGACUGGUGGAGGUGGACGAGGAGCUUGUAGGUGAGGGACAGAAAAAGAGGAGGAGCCAGGGUUCCCGGAGGAGCCAGGGUUCCCGGAGGAGCCAGUAUGUGGUGAGGUCGGUAGAUGAGAUCACCAAAGAAGAUCUGGACAACAUUGCGUACCGCAGCAAAGACAAGAUCUGGGACAAGGAGAAUGGCAGCUCGUGUCACCAGUGCAGACAGAAGACUCUGGACACCAAGACAGUGUGUCGAAGUGGAGUCUGUGUGGGAGUCAAAGGUCAGUUCUGUGGACCGUGCCUGAAGAACCGCUACGGGGAGGACGUCCGUGAAGUGCUGCUUGACCCGGACUGGUCGUGUCCCAUCUGCCGAGGGAUGUGCAACUGCAGCCUGUGUCGUAAGAAGGAGGGCCGCUGUGCCACCGGCAUCCUGGUGGGACUGGCUCGCUACAACGGCCAUGACAACGUCCACGAGUAUCUGGAGAGCAUCCAGAAGGAGCUGCAGUAAGGUCCACAGAGGAGAACCUGAGCCAGCUGUCGAGCUGCACAGUACUGUAGAGCUCAUUGUGACGCACAUGUUUUUAAAGUUUCAAUCGACCUUUUGUCUUUCUCCAAAAAAAAAACUUUUUAAAAUGUCCCCUUAACAUAAGGAACAGACACUGUUUAUAUGUUUUAUAUAUCUUGAUAAAGGCUGCAUGUGAUGCAGGGCUGUCUUUUUUUUUUAUAGUUUUUAAGUCAGAGCUCAUGUCUGAAUGUUUUCAUUUGAAUGUUUCUGCUCUCAUGUCCUCAGGACCCACCACCAACUCUUUAAGUGAAAUUGUGACCCAAGUUUUUAACAUUUCCAACCAUUCAAAUUUGUUGCAUGAAAAAUGUUACUCUUUGGACCCCAAAUGAAUGAAAAAGUCAGGACAAAGCAAACAUUUUUAAAAGCACGCAUGCAUCUUAUUUUGCUCCAUCUUCAGAGACAGCAUGGGAAUGUGGUAAUUUCUGGAGGAAUUUGCUCCUAUCCAAAUAAGUAGAAAUCUUGAGAAAAACAUAGGAAAACCUAUAAAAUCUGGGAUUUAUUUUACUGUAAAUGCACUUACAGCUUAUGUACAUAGCCUUUCUGCCCUUUUUUUUUAUCAUGGCACAAACUCGUGACCCACUGGAAAGAGCCAUUCGACCUCCUUUUGGGUGGACCCAAAAGGGACCCCACCAGUUAAGUACCACUGCUUUAGAGCCACAGUGAGGUAUGGUUUUGUUUUUGUUUUUAAUACGGAUGCAAAAGUAGCCUUCUACAGCAAAAGCUUGUCUGUAAGUGAGUAAAGUCACAUCUUUCUUGUCAGUUCACUGUACAUUUUAAUAAAAAUAGCAUCUUCUGAAAGAUU